GCUCGCUGUCCUUCUUUUACUCAUCUUCCUCGGGCGUGGCCCUGCUGUCUGACCAUAUCUGGGGUUACUCAGGUUUCCUUUCUUUCAUCUCCCACUUUCUUUAACGCGCUCGCACUGCUAGGUUGACUCCAGUGCGCGCUUGCUUUGCUUCAUUCCGGCUUCUUUUAGCAAACAAAGAAGAGAAAUAUCUCAUCCACCGGCAUUUGAAGACUUUGUUACGAUAGGAUCAUCAUAUAUUCUUAUAAACUCUUUCAUACUGUCUGGACUUCCAUGCUUGUUUUUUUCCUUGUCUGCCUGAGCGUGCAGAUCUGCGAGGUACUGUGGCGUUCAUAAUCUCAACUUCAAAGGUCACAGAAGGCUCGCCAGCCUCCCAACGACUUGCAAAAUGGUGCACGCACAUGCUCACCAAGACCAUGGGGCUCACCUGGAGGCACGCGGUGAUGGCGAUGUGACGGUGGUUUAUGUGACAAUGACUCCGGAUUUCGAUGGGCCGAUCGGAGGCUAUGUAACCGGGGACCAGACAUCCUCAACAUCUUCAAGUACCAAGCGCAAGACAGCGGGUGUCGGCGCUGCAGUUCAACAGACACGGUCCUCGUCAGAUGACACCGGAAGCGACAACAACCGCGGCAGCAGCGAUAACUACCGCGGAGACAGAUACCACUGCACUGGGGCUGCUGAGACGGAACAGACCACCCAGGCGUCAGAGACAGACCAAGAAACCGCAUCGCCGGCGAGAACUACUUUCCUGACCAGCACCUCGUCCGCAUCCUCUCUAGAAAACACCGACUUAGCAAAUACCGCCGUCUCUGCAUCCUCUGCCUCAUCUUCCGCGUCGGCAUCCCCAAGCGCGGUGGUUGGCUCCGAGGGGCUGUCUGGAGGCGCAAAGGCAGGAAUUGCGAUAGGCGUGCUCUUGGGACUUGGUGUGGUCGCCGGAGUGAUUUUCCUCCUGAUGCGCAAGAAGAAGCAGCAGCAGGAGAAAGAGACUUGCGGAGAUUGAAGCCGAGAAUGAGAAGUUCACCAUCCCAGAGGACACCGCGCCACCACCGCCUCCUCCAAAGCCCAUUCCAAAGGCUCCUUCUACUCCCCCUCAACUGAACAUCCGCCCCGUCACUCAGUUUGCGCCUUUUGCGUCGGACUUUGGCU